AAGGGACAGCUUCCUACUAAUCUAAUAGAGUCCAUUAGGGACCUUCCAUUCAAUAUUGCAUACCCCGUACAUAGGACUCCUGUGGUUUAUGAUACCUGAGCUUCCUCCACAUAUUCAUGCUACUACAUAUAAAAUGCAGAGGGACACCACUAGAUCUUCCUAUUUCCUGCUCGCUCAUUUCAGUACAGGCCCCGCUGAAUUUAAGCUAAGCAAGAAACAAUAACUCUCUUGCAAGGUAUACCUCGCUCAGGCAUCAUGGAUCGAUUGCCCCCCGAACUGCAUAUACGAAUCGGCCGAUAUCUCUUGAUUGAUGAUUUAUACCGGCUGGUUCUCGUAUCGAAAUACUACUAUUCCACUUUCACCCCGGAGCUCUACCGCGAGAUUCAAGUUUCAGGAAGAUACCGGCUGUUGAACACCGAUUUCCACCUAGACAAGAUUGGCCCUCCUGCCCGAUGCCUCCCUUAUGCCAUCGAUGAAAACCCAGGUCUUGCUGGUUUCGUCCGGUCACUGGAGUUGGUCCCUUUCGUAUAUCCGGGUUCUCCAAAAAUAAAGCUGUCUAGAGCUCUUCAGGAAACAGAAGGGGGAGACUUGCUCUCUCGUCCGCUGACCAGACAGAUGAUCCAGCGUUGGCAAAAGGAACUUGAAUCUGACCAAAGACUCGACUCCUGUCAGCCCCUGAGGAAUCCCUGGUUCGCUCUGCUAUUGCUUCGGCUAAAGAAUCUACAACGUCUUUCUGUUUUCUUGCCAUGCAAUGAGCACGAAUAUGGCCAAAGCGGUCCCGCUCCCACGCCUCGUUUUGACGAAGUCAUCUCAUCGGCAGCAUGCCCUGAAUCAGGGAUCCUCACCCGCUUGACACAUCUUACACUCGAAGAAUCUCAACCAACUAAUUCUUAUAAACCGCCAGGUAUACCCCUGGCCCGCCUGAUUCCAUUUCUCGAAAUCCUUUCCUUGAGACAUAUUCGUGUUACGCGGAUUACCGAGCAAAACGAACAAGCUCUCCCUCGCAACUUCAACAGCAGAGUAACCCAUAUUGACGUCGAACAAUGCGAUAAAACCGUCACUCAAUUACCGCAGCUGCUCAUGGGGUGUUCAGAGCUCGAAUCCUUCACCUGGACGCUUGAGGAGUCAACACCCCACCGACGUGGGUACCCGCACAGCCCUGGCUUUCACUGGGAACCCAACCGCGCAUAUGAUUCUCUUUACCAACUCCGCUCAACGCUGCGGCACCUUAGUAUAACAUCUCACAUAUGCGAUAGCAUCAGCUACCCUCAUCACGAUGUGGAGUAUCCCCAGCCAGCAUACUUCGGGUCCUUGUGUGACUUUCCCGUCCUAGAAACCCUACAAAUGCGGAUGGUCAAUCUAAUGCCAUUUCAACCCGGCACCCAGCUCCCAGUUUUCCCUCUGUGGAAGACUCUUCCAAGUUCGCUGAAGUUCCUAUCUAUAGACAAUUGUCUUAAGCAGACUUCUAAUACGCUGUGCGAUGAGCUGGAGGACUUGGCAGUACAUUGCCCGACACAUUUCCCUCAGCUAGAAGUGGUGCACAUUGCGUAUUCCCAAUAUGAGAAGAUAAAUGGGCAGCAAUGUCUAGCCUGUCAAGGCUGGAGUUCUGCCAUUUCGUACAGCAAUGUCAAGGCAAACCCAGCACUCGUUGCGCGGCUUCUGGCAUUGGUCUACAAAUUUGGAAAGCACAGGGUAGGUUUCCGCCCCUUCGGUAAAUUCAAGGACGGAAAAUAUAUCGGUGGUGGUAAAUAAGUACAAUGUUAGAUUUUUUGAACAGGGCUUGUGAUUAUGGUCAGUGUCUAAUCUUCAAUAUCACUUUGCUGGUUUUCAGGCUUACGUUUACUACACUUAUAUUAUGGAUCAGCUGUACUAAGAGAUGUGCAUCAGUCUCUAUGCUGAAUACUGAUCACUUUGAUUUGAACUAGUCCAAGUUGAAGAAACAGAAGGCGACAUAGAUAGCGAUGUGGUUUAUCAAAGCAAGGCCCUCGAACAUAGAACCUGAUGUAACAUUGAAUGCAUGUAUUCGACUUAGCUUUAUACAACAGUGUUCUGUACGGAAAGAAAGUUAGAUGCAUGGCUUUGCAAUACAUAUUGAUGCAAUGGCAAGUCCA